GAACGGUCUUGUCUUACGUGGAGAACGGACGGAAAGAGGCCCUCAUGGAUGCGGAACUGAGCGCACAGUGAAUUGGAAUUGUAACGUUAGCUGUCAAACGAAGACGGAGCUGAAAACGUUGUCAUUUUAGCCCUAUUUUUGAAGGCGGCGGACACUGUGAACUACCGUUUUCUCAAAAGAACUAAAAAUGUUCCGCUUGCGGGCGUUGACAGUGGCCACUGUUGGCAUGGUGCAGUUGUCGAGGAGAUACCACGGCAACGCUACACGAGUGCCUAACCGGCGGAGGCUCCUGCUGGCGGCGCUGGCAGGCGUGACUGGAGUGACGGCCAGCACAGGACUGCUGUGGACGAGGGCCUACGCUGAGGCCGCCUCCGUCACCCCCGAGGAGCGCGCGGAGGAGGAAGAGCCCAUGAAGGACGGGGCCCCUGAUAACGGCUCGUCCGACAGCGCCCUGGAGUCCAGCGGCGGCGAGGAGGACGAGGGCGAAGACAGGGGAACCGAGGGCAAGAAGAUGAAGCCGCGCGUCGGCUUCCGUGACCGCAAGGUUAUGGAGUAUGAGAACCGCAUCAGGGCGUACUCCACCCCCGACAAGAUCUUCCGUUACUUCGCCACGCUGAAGAUCAUCAGUGAGGGUGGCGACGCCGAGGUCUACAUGACUCCCCAGGACUUCAUACGCUCCAUCACACCCAACGAGAAGCAGCCAGAAAGUCUGGGUCUAGACCAAUUCAUCGUGAAGCGGUAUGAUGGGAAGGACUUCUGGCAGCAGACAGAGAAGAUCGCUCAGGAGCGGGAGAAGUUUGCGGACGAGGACAGCAUCUUCUACCAGCUUGGGGAGUGCGGUCUCAUCUCCUUCUCUGACUACAUCUUCCUCACCACCGUCCUCUCCACGCCCCAGAGGAACUUUGAGAUCGCCUUCAAAAUGUUCGACCUGAACGGAGACGGGGAGGUGGAUCUGGAGGAGUUUGAGCAGGUGCAGAGCAUCAUCCGCUCCCAGACCAGCAUGGGCAUGCGCCACCGCGACCGCUCCACCACGGGCAACACGCUCAAGACGGCCGGCUGCAGCUCAGCCCUCACCACCUACUUCUUCGACGCCGACCUCAAGGGCAAGCUGACCAUCGGCAACUUUCUGGAGUUCCAGCGCAAGCUGCAGCACGACGUGCUCAAACUGGAGUUUGAGAGGAACGACCCAGUGGACGGCAGGAUCUCGGAGAAGCAGUUCGGAGGCAUGCUGCUGGCCUACAGCGGCGUCCAGUCCCGCAAGCUCAAACAGACACAGAAGGGGCUCAAGAAGAUGUUUAAAGACGCACAGGGUAUCACGUUUGAGGAGGUGGAGAACUUCUUCACCUUCCUGAAGAAUGUGAAUGACGUGGACACGGCCCUGAGUUUCUACCACAUGGCUGGAGCCUCCAUAGACAAAGCUACCAUGAAGCAGGUGGCUCGCACUGUGGCCAAAGUGGAGCUGUCCGACCACGUGUGUGAUGUGGUGUUUGCACUGUUUGACUGUGACGGCAAUGGGGAGCUGAGCAAUAAGGAGUUCAUCGCCAUCAUGAAGCAGCGUCUGAUGCGGGGCCUGGAGAAGCCCAAGGACAUGGGCUUCACACGGCUGGUGCGCGCCAUGUGGAAGUGCGCCCAAGACACGGCCUGGGACUUCGCAACUCCCAAAGCCCAUUAGUGCCAAGGGAGCAACAGAGACAGAGGGAGAGGGAGGGAGGGAGAGAGGGGCGGUAAGAGGACGAAAGAGGAGAAGAGAUGUGGGGCUGUGAGGAGAAGAACGGCGAGGAGGAGAAAUGUGAAUGAGUGCCAGAGGCGUUUUGGCAUCACAAACCGUCCUGCUCUCUCUCUCGCUCUCUCCUUCUCUCUCUCUCCUCCCAGAUUUAAAUAAAUAAUUCUGCUAAGGAACUCAUUAAGAUGGCACUCCUGAUAAGGCUGAUCAAUCAUACACGCGUGCGUACCACAGCAGGGCGCGCUGCCCAACUCCACCUCCUCCAGCGCCAGCGUUUGCGUCUGCCAAGAGCACCAGUGCGGCACAGUGUUUGAGGGAGGGGAGGCCACUGGUGCUGAUGGGACAACCCAUAAAGAGUUGUGCAUCGUUGAGUGAUGAGACUUUGCAGCGUUGUAAUGCUUGUAUUUAUCUCCGCUUUGGUGAAUCAACUUUCCCCGGUCAAACCAGGCCUUUAAAUAUAGCAUUACAUAAGAAGCAAUUAUUGUGUUUCAACACUCCGUUUGAUUCUCAUUAGUUUUUAUUCACGGUCAGACGGUCCCAUUAUUCAUAUGGGUUAAGAGACGUCUAGAUACCUGGAUAUUAGCCCACUAUAUUUCCUCUAUAUAAAUGAGACCAUUAAGUCUUGUUCUGUCCAUUCAACGCUAUAUAAAAUAUAUAUAUAAAUAUAUUCCCCAUACAGAUGUUCUGUAUGUUAGCCAAAACACUGUGUGUGUGUGUGUGUGUGCGUGUGCGCGUGUGUGUGUGUGUAUGUUGUACAGAGCUACAGCCUGUGAAGAUGCUGGGUGAAGGUACACUGGUGUGUUGCCGUUGUCUCAAGUGUCUUGUGUGCUUGAAUCUCUCAUCUGCUCCCACUGUACACAGCACAUCCCCUUUGAUGAUAUAGUCCUGCAAAUGUUUGUUAUGCCUGAGUGACUUUGUAGAGACUGAUGUAAAAAGAAUGCCUCAAUUAAAAAUGUUUCUUUUUUUCACAAA